AUGAGCCUGAGCGCAGCCUCUCUUCGGAAGUUCAGUAAAAGCGGCUCCCGACCGCUUCCCCCGGCCGAACCGGGUUCGCGCAGCCGUCGUCCGAUCCCCGGUCCCACGUCCCCGGCCCAGUUCUUCAGCAUCCUCGCCUUCUCCCUCCUGCGCAAACCCAUGUUCGUCGAUCCGUCCGUCAAGGCGGGAUUAUACCUGUGUGCGGCCGCGGCGGGCUCUCUCAUCUUCGACUUCGUGAAGAUGCCUCCCUGCUACUUUUCCAAUAAACGCAAUGCGCUCAAUCUAAUUUUCGUCAAGUGGGGCUGGGCGUGGACUUUUUGUUCGCUUACCGCCUUCAUAAUAAUCUCCACCUACAUUUACACGGGAGCAAAUAAGCGUCUCCUGCGUGCACACCUAAUGCGACUGCUGGUCGGUUCUGCGUGCUGGUAUGUCUGUACAGGAGUCUUCAACACAGUUGAAUCCACUUUCGGAAGCUGCUACAACCAGAAUGGAACAUUGCUUAAAGCGCCUUUUCGGACAUUCACCAGACGAUCGUGCCGUCAAGCCAAGGGUUUUUGGCUCGGCUUCGAUAUCUCUGGUCACUGCUUCCUCCUCACAAUGUCAAAUCUCUGGAUUCUGGAGGAGUUGUGCGUGAUGCGCUCGUGGGGUGUCCUCGGUGCCCUCCUCGACGCAAACACGCAGAACGACGAGUUGGCCAAGACACCCACUGCUGUGCCGCGUCUUCCCAAUGUCAGUCCGGAGACUGUGCAAACCAUGCGCUCCGCGUACAGCCGACUGACGAUGAACCUGCGCACCGUCUUCUGCACUACAGCCUGCAUCUCGUUGCUGUGGGACUUCAUGUUCCUCAUCACGAUCAUCUACUUCCACUCAAUGCCCUCCAAGUUGUUGGGCACGUCUGUGGGCAUUUCGUGCUGGUUCGUGUGCUACCGGUGCCUCUUUCCUCACCUCGAAGUCGGCGCUUUCGGUGGCCUGGCUCCAGGCAUGCCCGGCGAUGGUCCGGUGCAUUUCGUGGCUAGGCGCUAG